AUGUAAGAAGAUUAUAAGAAAGAGUUAGAAAAUUAUACUUAACUAUGGAAAGUCUAUGCUAGAAAUUCUUUAGAAAUUGAUUUCAGAAAUUCUCUCUAUUCAACAUUAGCAUUAGUUUUUGUACCCUCUUUUGUAAAUGUUUACUAUAUUUUCAGAUAGAGCGUAUUAAAAAAUACUGUAAUUGAAUACUUUAUAUAUAAUAAAGGUUAGAUUUAGCAGUGUAAUUUCUUGUCUAAUGAUUUUCCAUUACAAUCUCAAUAAAGAUUUUGAAAAGUUUGUUCAAAAGGAUUCUAAAGAUAGCAAUUUAGCUAGGCUCUAUAUAUAAAAUAUUAGUAAAAAUAAUAUCAUUUUCCCUUACUUUGAAAAAGAAACAAUAGAUAUUUUUAAUUAGAGAUAAUAAGAUAAAAAUUAGUAAUAAAAAUGA